AUCUAAGCACAGACAUGCUGCCCAGCCUCUCUAAGGAAGAUUUACUUGAUCUUUCUCGGGCCAGAGCACUUCUUCAGAAGGAGAAGCAUUUGGAGAUUUACUCAUGGUGAAAAUGAGGGUCAAGAAUCAGACCUGUGUAGACCAGGCACCUCUGGGACCUGUGAUUUCAGCCCCACUCCCACCCCCUUCUUCCACCUUCCUGUCCCCUCCAUCCCCCCACCCCUCUCCAAACCCAAGAGACCAACAUGGUGCCACCAGAACCAUACAGCUUGUCAGUCCACAGUAUGUCUUAUACACAGACACAGAGUUGGAGCAAUCAAGAAGCACCUUUUUUGAAAAACAGCGUGAUGGACAAGGAGACUAUCCUUUCCAAAGAUCUUCGCUGUCGAUUAAUCAGGAAUACAGUAACAAGUAGAGGUUGACCGAUUAUGAUUUUUCAACGCCGAUACCAAUUAUUGGAGGACCAAAAAAAAGCCGAUACCAAUUAAUCAGCCAAUUUUUUACAUUUAUUUGUAAUAAUGACAAUUACAACAAUACUGAAUGAACACUUAUUUUAACUUAAUAUAAUACAUCAAUAAAAUCAAUUUAGCCUCAAAUAAAUAAUGAAACAUGUUCAAUUUGGUUUAAAUAAUGCAAAAACAAAGUGUUGGAGAAGAAAGUAAAAGUGCAAUAUGUGCCAUGUAAGAAAGCUAACGUUUAAGUUCCUUGCUCAGAACAUAUGAAAGCUGGUGGUUCCUUUUAACAUGAGUCUUCAAUAUUCCCAGGUAAGAAGUUUUAGGUUGUAGUUAUUAUAGUACUAUUUCUCUCUAUACCAUUUGUAUUUCAUUAACCUUUGACUAUUGGAUGUUCUUAUAGGCACUUUAGUAUUGCCAGUGUAACAGUAUAGCUUCCAUCCCUCUCCUCGCUCCUACCUGGGCUCGAACCAGGAACAACGACAACAGCCACCCUCGAAGCACCAUUACCCAUGCAGAGCAAGGGGAAUAACUACUCCAAGUCUCAGAGCGAGUGACGUUUGAAACGCUAUUAGCGCGCACCCCGCUAACUAGCUAGCCAUUUCACAUCGGUUACACCAGCCUAAUCUCAGGAGUUGAUAGGCUUGAAGAACAGCGAAGAGCUUCUGGCAAAACGCAGGAAAGUGCUAUUUGAAUGAAUGCUUACAAGCGUGCUGCUGCCUACCACUGCUCAGUCAGACUGCUCUAUCAAAUCAUAGACUUAGUUACAACAUAAUAACACACAGAAAUAUGAGCCUUAGGUCAUUAAUAUGGUAGAAUCCGUAAACUAUCAUCUUGAAAACAAGACGUUUAUUCUUUCAGUGAAAUACGGAAUGUUCCGUAUUUUAUCUAACGGGUGGCAUCCAUAAGUCUAAAUAUUCCUGUUACAUUGCACAACCUUCAAUGAUAUGUCAUAAUUACGUAAAAUUAUGGCAAAUUAGGUGGCCCAAACUGUUGCAUAUACACUGACUCUGCGUGCAAUGAACGCAAGAGAAGUGACACAAUUUCACCUGGUUAAUAUUGCCUGCUAACCUGGAUUUCUUUUAGCUAAAUAUGCAGGUUUAAAAAAUAUAUACUUCUGUGUAUUGAUUUUAAGAAAGGCAUUGAUGUUUAUGGUUAGGUACACAUUGGAGCAACGAUGCGCACCGCAUCGAUUAUAUGCAACGCAGGACAAGCUAAAUAAACUAGUAAUAUCAUCAACCAUGUGUAGUUAACUAGUGAUUAUGAUUGAUUAAUUUGUAUAAGAUAAGUUUAAUGCUAGCUAGCAACUUACCUUGGCUUCUUACUGCAUUCGCGUAACAGGCCGUCUCCUCGUGGAGUGCAAUGUAAUCAGGUGGUGUCACGUUCCUGACCUGUUUUCUGUUGUUUUGUAUGUGUGUGAUGGUCAGGGCGUGAGUUUUGGGUGGGCAGUCUAUGUUUUCCGUUUCUAUGUUGGUUUUGGGUUGCCUGGUAUGGCUCUUAAUUAGAGGCAGGUGUUUUGCGUUUUCCUCUAAUUGAGAGUCAUAUUAAGGUAGGAGGUUCUCACUGUUUGUUUGUGGGUGAUUGUCACUGUGUCUGUGUUUGUUGCACCACACGGUACUGUCUCGGUCGUUCCUGUUUAUGUGUUCCUCGUUUCAUGUAAGUUCAUAGUUUAGGUUUGUCUAGUUCGUUUUGUUGUUUUGUAAAAUUAUUCAAGUGUUCUCCGUGUGUUUAGUUUCGUCUUGUUAAAUAAAGUUCAUUAUGUAUUCACAACCCGCUGCGCCUUGGUCAACUCACUCACCGAAAGAGGGUCGUUACAGGUGGUUAGAGCGUUGGACUAGUUAACUAUAAGGUUGCAAUAUUGAAUCCCCCGAGCUGACAAGGUAAAAAUCUGUCGUUCUGCCCCUGAACAAGGCAGUUAACCCAUCGUUCCUAGGCCGUCAUUGAAAAUAAGAAUGUGUUCUUAACUGACUUUCCUCGUUAAAUAAAAGUGUAAAAAAAUAAAUAAUAAAAAAAACGCCAAAUCGGUGUCCAAAAAUACCAAUUUCCGAUUGUUAUGAAAAGUUGAAAUCGUCCCUAAUUAAUCUGCCAUUCCGAUUAAUCGGUCGACCUCUAGUAACAAGCAUGAUUUCCAAUAAGAGAGCAGCAGGGGAUGACUUCCAGUAUCCAUGCAGCCGUGAACUCACUGUAAUGGCGAAGCGUCUCAUAGAGUACUACCCAAUGCUGCGGGACAGAUCUACAACCAGUGGAGCUGAGUGGGAAUCUGUGAAGAAGCAGCUUUUGAAAAGGAUUCAGAAUGUGACAACCCCCAAAAAGAAGCAGGGAGCGACUCCUUCAAGAAAGAGGCCACGAAGCCUUAGAUUUCAGAGCAGCCAGGAGAUGUCCACUGAUGAGACUGAUGAAUCCACCUCCUCAACCCUGAUCUUGGAGAGAUCCCCACAAUCUAGAUGCAGCACCCCAGAGGUUGAACAGUUGGGUGAAACUACUGGGAGCCUACAGAACCAGACGAGACAUUAUAAAACUCUACAGGGGAUGUACAAAACCAAGGCCAGACCCAACCAGAAGGAUGUUUCCCAGCUCCUGGACCUUGAAUUCCAAGCAAGACGGGCCUUCAUCGACUCUGAUGCUACUAAGGAGCAGGACAGGCCUACCAAGAUACUUCAAGCGUAUCCCUGCUUCAGAGAACUGGAUCAUGUUAUGGAUGAACUCCGGCGGAUCCUCGAUCAAGGGAACUCCCGCUUCAUACCUGAACUGAAGACCCGCUGGGGGACCUUUUACAACAAGGCACAGUUUUAUGGAGUGUUCAAAAAGGUCAUGAAGCCACCGCUGCUGGACAAAGCACUCAAUCGCCAUGAUGAAGGAUUUACCAGAUAUGUUCCCAUCACCUGUGGCUCCACCGAAGAAGUUAGGACAUGCAAGUGAGGCUAUGCUUCACAUCCUUGAGUCUGCAGAAGAGCCCAACACCUUUCUUCAGGCGAGACCACUCUUCAGCCCUGUCGUGAAUGUCUGCGAAACCAACUGCGUACUGGCCAUUGAAACCAUGCCUGUGGUGAUCUUCCCAAAAGAGGACAUCUAUGCCAGUGUGACGUAUCUCAUGGCGUGUUAUUACGCCUUUCACCUCACAUAUCCAAAGUGCAUUGUGACACUCCUCUCUGUGCUGCAGACAGAAGUCCUCUCGGACGCAAUCCAUGACCGGGACAUGACUUCUUCAUAGAAAAAGGCUAUGGUCGAGUGGAAAAAGUUAAUUACUGACUAGGGUUGCACAAUACAAUUUUUUAAUUUCCAGUCCCGAUAACAGAACUGUGUGUAUUGGCCCAUCUGAGAACCGAUCCGAUAACCUUUAAUAAAUAGGCAGGGCGUUUGUUGUUUAUUAUAAGAAGGUUUAAAGCACUGUUAUGUUUGUUAUCUUCCCAUUGGUCUUACAUUUUCACCUUGACCACCAAUGGCCUUUGUUGUUGUUUUUGCAUCCUUUGUUCUGCCCAUAUCAGCCUCUGGAUAUACUGAGUCCUCAAUAAA